UUUUUUAAUUUUCAGAAACUAGAAUGUAAAGACGUAACCUGUGCUCAAUUAAUAUUUAUGAGUAUCCUUUCGCUAUUGGAAGGACAUACAAAAAAAACCACAUCGCUUCAUUAAUAUUUACAAUAGAAAAUUGUUCGUAGUACGUAUCAUAACUUAUGAAAGAGAAACUAACUUUGGGUUUGAAGUACGAGUGAUUCAAGACCUUUCCGGAUCAUCUGCGUUAAACUACUUGUAUGUCAUUUCUCUUUCAGAAGGAAAACGCCUGACAACGCUACUUGAUCAUGUCGGACUCUGUGGAUGCCAGACCAGGGACCGCCAAAGAGGCUUCAGGUUCCACGGAUCCCGGAGUCCAUCGUGUGGAUGCCAAACCACAUUCAGACGUUUUUCAGUACAACAUGAACUACCCCGCUCUGGGGCAAUGUGUCAUCAUCAACAACAAAAAUUUCCAUAGAAGAACAGGAAUGGGAGUUCGUAACGGGACAGAUGAGGAUGCAAAGAACGUGAUGCAGACCUUCUCGAAGCUGGGCUUCAAAUUAAAAAUUAGCAACGAUCAGACCGUCUCACAGAUGAGAGAUAUGCUGAUCAAAGCGUCUAAGGAAGAUCACAGUCAGUCGGCCAUGUUUGUGUGCGUGUUGCUGAGUCACGGAGAAGAUGGACGGAUAUACGGCACAGAUGACUGUAUUGAGCUGAAGGAACUGUUCGCUUUUCAGGGAGACCGCUGCAAAUCGCUGGUGGGGAAACCCAAGAUUUUCUUCAUUCAGGCUUGCCGAGGCUCAGAUCUGGAUUCUGGCGUCGAGGCCGACAGCGUAGGUGAAGAAGAAACCCAGAGGAUUCCCGUUGAGGCAGAUUUUUUGUACGCCUACUCCACUGCGCCAGGUUAUUACUCCUGGAGGAACGUGGCCAACGGCUCCUGGUUCAUCUCCUCGCUGUGCGAGAUGCUGUCAAAAUACGGCAAGCAGCUGGAGGUCAUGCAGAUCAUGACACGCGUCAACCACAAGGUGGCGCUGGCCUUUGAAUCCUCCUCCAGCAUUCCUGGCUUUGACGGCAUGAAACAGAUACCAUGUAUUGUGUCUAUGCUGACCAAAGAACUCUAUUUCCCUAAAUAAUUCAUGCGUAUUUCAGUCAUUAUGUUGCAGUGGGAAAAGGGCAAUCAUUCUUUUAAUCAUUAUUAUGCAGACGUUUAAAGCACUGCGCGGCAAAAGGAGGGGAUAUAAAGGGAAGCACUGGUUUUUUAAAUACGCUGUUAUCUGAUCAUGGGUAUUUAAAACUAUCUGUAUCUGUUUUUGUCGUGGGGUGUGAAAUGUUACUGUGCCGGAUUUGACACAGACCACUCUUUUUGUGAUGUUUUGGAUGCACUUUUGUGCCGUCGCUCACGAUUAAUGCCUUCGUGUUGUACGCGUGCAGACCUCAGGUUCAUCGCCAGCAUUGCGUGCAUUAAAGAUCGUCCGGGGAGAGCAGGUUCUGAACAUGAACACUAGCACAGUUUGCAUUAUGAAAAUGCGAUUAAAAAAAGUUUAAUUUGCUAUUAA